UUUUGUAUUGGAUCUUAGAAUCCAAAAAUCGUUGUCUUUCUCUUUCAUUUUUACGUUGUCCAAUUUGUCUGUGCUGUCGUAGCAUUAAUGUUGCAGAGAAUUGGAAUCAAUGCUUGCGCUUUUUAAUUAAAAUGGACAAAUUUGAUCCACCCGCAGUUCAUUUAUAUGCCAUGUACUUGUUAAUGAUAUGAUUUCAAUCUGAGAAUUCGAUUUUGCUCUCAAGUUUUAAUUUUUACCUACAUUUCUAUUGUUUAAAUGUUGUCUUGCUGCUGGAAUUUUUUUAGAUUAGUCAUAGUUGAAGUGAGCCAAGUUUGUGGGAUGAAGGACUCGUUACUCCCUAUAUGCUUGUUAUAUAGCACACCUCUAACCAUAAUACCCCAUGAUUGAACAACGGGUUGUGUGGGCAGUCUGUGCUGAGUGCUGAGUCUUGGGCAAGUAGUAUAUCAACCAGAGUUGUGUAAUUGAUUUCAGGGGACCUUAAUUGAAAUUUUUAUUAGUUAUGGUCAAAGCAUGAAUUUUACUAGUGGAUUGUUGCAUUUUGUUGAGAUUUUUUUUUGGGUUUUUUUCUUUUUUUUUUUUUUUUUUAAAGUAGCAUUUCUUCAUAACACACGGCACUCAUGUGCGUAGACUAGUUCUGUAACUUCCAUUCUAGACAGCAUAGCAUCUCCGUUGAGAGUCAAUUUCCCCCCUGCUUGUUUUAGAAUUGCAUGCCUUUCUUGUUGCAUGAAACUUGUGACGCUUGUCCAUAAGUGUUUUACAUGUGCUACAGAGAAAUGAUACAAAUCACUUUCAUAAAUUUUUCAUCCAUUCUUAAUAUGUUAUCACAGAUUGUCAAUUUGAUCGGCAACGCUUGCAGGCUUUCAUCAUUGUGAGUAGAAAUGGCUGACAGGCACCAGUAUCCCUCUGUUGUGCAAAAGGUGGCUAGCCAUGUUCAUCUCAAUUCCAGCCUAUCCCAUGACGUUCAAUGCCGGUGUGGGGGUUUUCAAAGGCCUGUUCUACAUCAGAGGCAGUUUUCAUAUGGAAAAUACUAUGAUGCGGGAUUUCAGUACCCUAAGACUAUGGCAUGCCAAGUCUCCCCAGAUCUGUCAUUGGUUGCAUCAGCCUCUCCACUGCUUGUUCAAGCCCCAUCAGAGAAAGGUUUUGCUGGCUUUGCUAUAGAUUUUCUUAUGGGUGGAGUUUCUGCAGCUGUGUCCAAAACUGCUGCAGCUCCCAUUGAACGAGUGAAGCUCUUGAUCCAAAACCAAGAUGAGAUGAUCAAGGCUGGCCGACUCUCUGAACCCUACAAGGGAAUUGGAGAUUGUUUCAGCAGAACAAUGAAAGAUGAGGGAAUUAUGUCAUUGUGGAGAGGGAACACAGCCAAUGUCAUCCGUUAUUUCCCCACUCAGGCCUUGAACUUUGCAUUCAAAGAUUACUUUAAGAGGCUCUUCAACUUUAGGAAGGACCGUGAUGGCUACUGGAAGUGGUUUGCUGGUAACUUGGCAUCUGGUGGUGCUGCUGGUGCCUCUUCCCUGCUCUUUGUCUACUCUUUGGAUUAUGCUAGAACCCGCCUUGCAAAUGAUGCUAAGGCUGCAAAGAAGGGAGGGGAGAGGCAAUUCAAUGGCUUGAUUGAUGUGUACAGGAAGACUAUGCAAUCAGAUGGUGUUGCAGGUCUUUACCGUGGAUUUAACAUUUCUUGUGUUGGCAUCAUUGUAUAUCGUGGUCUGUAUUUUGGAAUGUAUGAUUCUUUGAAGCCAGUAGUCCUAACAGGAAAGCUGCAGGAUAGUUUCUUUGCUAGCUUUGGCCUCGGUUGGGUUAUCACCAAUGGUGCUGGUCUUGCCUCAUAUCCUAUUGACACUGUCCGGAGAAGAAUGAUGAUGACAUCCGGUGAAGCUGUCAAGUACAAUAGCUCACUUGAUGCAUUCUCUCAAAUCCUUAGGAAUGAAGGGGCUAAAUCCCUCUUCAAGGGUGCUGGUGCAAACAUCCUCCGUGCAAUUGCUGGUGCUGGUGUUCUUGCUGGAUACGACAAGCUUCAGAUGAUUGUGUUCGGAAAGAAGUAUGGUUCUGGUGGUGCCUAAUUAAAACAGCCACUGUACUUCACCUUAACUAGCCAUAGAUGGUGAUGAAAAUUUUGCAGUUCUGAUUCAAGAAUUCAUUCAGGGUGAUUCUUUACUCGUUAAAAUAACUUAGCCUAGAGCGGUUAAAAUGUUCUUGGGUUUUCAGGACUUCAUUCCUCUAACAUUUCAUUGAUUUUGAAUGUUUAUGCAGCUAUUUUUGUAAUUGUGAACUUUUGACGGCUGUGUUUACGUUAUAGAGGGGAAAAAUGGUUAAGCUAAAUAUAAAUGCUUUAAGCAUGAAGGAUGGAGGCAUGGAGCUAAUUAGUGAUUUCACUUGUUAACAUUCUUGUAUUUUAAGUUCCA